AUGGAUUGUUUUGUUACUAGUUGUAUGAAGACUACUUUUACUGAUUCGAUUUCUGGUGAUGUUUUGGGCUUAGUAACUGCUAGAGAGAUUUGGUCAUUUCUUGAAGUGAAUUUUCAAAGUCAGUUUAUGGCAAGGAAGAAUUUGUUAAAGAAUCAGCUUCAUAAUCUCAAGAAGGGCAAUAUGACUAUUCUUAUGUAUCUUCACAAUGUUAAGACUAUUGUUGAUAAUUUAGCUGCAAUGGGAGAAAGGGUCAGUAAUUCAGAUCUUGUAAUGUCUGUGUUGAAUGGUCUUGGUAGAGAAUUUGAUAGUUUUGUGGUUGAUGCUCAAAAUAGGGAUGUCCCAUUUACUUUUGCAGAAUUGAAACCUAGAUUAUUGAAUCAUAAACAAUGGGUUCUUAGUCAGCAACAAGAAACUGCUUCAAUUUUUGAUGAUCAACAACAUUCUGUUAUGUUUAGUAGGAAUAUGAAUUCUGGUUAUAAUGGGAAAAACAAGUCAAAGGUUUCAAAUGGUUCAAAUUAUUUCAAGAGUAAUUCAUCUUUCAAGACUGGUCAGAGCUCAAAUUAUAAUCAAGCUAGCUCUUCUGGUUCUGGUUCUGGUUCAUAUAAUGGUGGUAGUGGAAAUGUUGCUCAACAAGCUUUUACUUUUAUUGGUGAAGAGCAGUCUUUUGAUCCUUCUGCUUCUACUUCUGAAGCACCUCAAUGGCUUGCAGACUCUGGAGAAACUGCUCAUAUUACUGGUAAUGAGGCUCUUCUACAACAUACUUCAAAUUACAAAGGCAAGGACAAAGUACAAGUAGGCAAUGGUAAGUCUCUUGUUAUUUCAUCUACUGGAACUUCUACUAUUCAAACACCUAAAACUAGUUUUAGGCUUAAUUAUGUCCUGCUAGUUCCAGAUAUGAAACAUAAUUUGUUUUCUUCUUCUUCAACUCUUUCUUUGUCAACAACUGUGUCUGCUUCUUCUCAACUUGCUAACAGCAAGAAAUUGCCUUUUCAAUUGUCUAACUCUCAUGCAACUCAACCAUUGUCACUUAUCCACUGUGAUGUAUGGGGUCCUACUGUUUCUUCUCUAAAUGGUUAUAAGUACUGA